AUGACUGGAUCAAGAACCAAACAAAGUUCCGAAAUGGACCACGAGGCAUGGUUUUUGCCUAAUGGUCACAAAAAUGCUUAUCCUUCUUCUUCUCUCCGAGGAGGUCUGAGUGGAGCAUCGAUGCCAGUUUCGGCUGUCACUUUUGGAGGGGAAGAGGCAAAUGGAAGCUCGGCAACGAGGAAACAAGAACAAAAGGAACAGCGUUGCAGGGUGGUCCGUGCGAUAGUAUUCGUGGCGGUUCUCUUGGCCGGGGCUGGUGUGGGUGUCUUCUUUUGUCUCAAAGCUGCCCUGACGAUGACUUCUUCGGAGUAG